AUGUCCCACAGCGGCUGCCCCGGGAACCUCUCCUCCGGCUCCCUCGGGGGCCCCCUGCGCCCCCCCCGGUCCUCCUGUGGCUCCCACCCCAGCAACCUGGUCUACAGCCCGGCCCCCUGCGCCCCCGGCCCCUGCCCACGGGGCCCCUCUCUCCACAGGAGCCGCCAGGAGACCUGCCGGGAGCCCCCCAGAUGCCGGACGCCCCCCAUCUGUGGCCCCGGCACCUCCUCGCUCUGCGGUCCCUGUGGGACGACCCGCCCCGGGUCCCUGGGCUGUGGGUCCCCUGGCGUCAGGCCCGGGGGUCACGGGGUCUGUGGGUUCCCUUCCCAGAGCUCUGGGCCCGGGUUCUGCCGCCCCACCUGCCCCCCUUCGAGGGUGACCCAGGCUUCUUGCUACAGACCAGCCUGGGGCUCUCGCCGCCGCUGA